AUGCCACAAGCUUAUGAUCUUAAAUCAAAUACUGCUAAUAAUAGUAAUUUGUCAAGUAAUAUAAAACGUUCAACACCAUUAUCCAGUCGUUAUUUUCAUCGAGCUCCAUUAAUAUUUCCUCGUUAUUAUCAACAUCUUCAAAAUCCACCAUCAAGACAUUCAUCAACAUAUGUGGGUCCAUUAAAUCAUCAUCGGCCUCGUUUUUUAUCAGCUUGGGAUAUUACUUCAAGACCAGUCAUUUAUAAUUCAUCACACAAUAUUUCUACAAAUACUCCGAUAGUUACAACAAUGUCGAAAUCAAAUGAUGAGGAUCGUACUCAACUUCAAACCAUGCCAACGAAAGAUUUUGCAGAUUUAGUUAUGUUACCACGUGAAUGGCGUCGUGGUGAUGAUUGUAUACAAUGGUCUAGAAAUCAUGAUUAUUAUAAUAUUGUAUGGCUUGAAAAUCUUUGGAAAUAUAUUAAUGAAAAACUUCCAAAUGAUUUAACAAUGCUUGAAAAUACAAAUAUACUUUAUUCACAACCCUUAUCACGUCCAUUAGGUGUAUCAACAUCAAAUAAUACAAUAUCAUUAUAUAAAUUAUCAAAAAAUAUUGGUCUUAUACAAUUACCUAUGUCAGCAACUAAAGAUGAUUUAGCUAUACAAAAAGUUUUAUUAAAAUUAAAUUUUUUUUGUAUUGAACCAUUUCCUGAUAUAAUACGUCGACAUAAAUUAAUUGAUGAAUAUGUACCACAAUUAUCAUGUUUAGGUUUAUUACAAAUAUUUAAAUGUCGUUUAAGACAUUUUACACAAAUUAAAAUUCAACAUGAAUUUAAUACAUUAUUAAAUGAACAUGAUAUUAAAUUAUUACGACAAUAUUUAUCAAGAAUAAUGACACAACAAUUAGAUGAUUCAAAUAUACAAUGUAUUAAACAAUUACCUAUAUUUGAUAAUGCUUAUUUAGCUAAUGAUUUAAAUCAACAACAACAACAACAACCAUAUUAUAAAUAUAUUAGUUUAAAUAAUAUUUUAUAUAUAUAUGAAUCUGGAACAAAAUUACCAAUUGAUAUACAACCACCAAAACAAUGUAUUCAUGUAACAGAUAGUGAUUCAAGAAUUUUAUUAGAUAAAUUAGGUUAUGUUAUACAUGAUUUUACACAUGUUGCUCGUUAUCUUAUAACAACAAUUGGACAACAACAACAACAACAACAACAACAACAGCAGCAACAACAAAAUUCAAAGAAUACAAAUUUAAAAAAUGAUCAACAAAAAGCCGUAUUUUUAGGAAAAUGGCUUUUAACAAAUUGUACUAAUUUAAUAUUAACAGAUGUAGUUAGUCAAGAUACAUUAUCAACAUGUCGUUUAUUUCUUAAUCGUAAAGGUGAACUUUGUUCAUGUCAACAAAUGUUUGAUCCAUCAUCAUUUCAAAAUAAUAAUAAAGAAAAAUAUUUAACUUUAUUUGAAAUUAAAUAUUUACCAUCAAUUGAAUUAUGUUCAAUAAAUGAAAAUUUAAUUUUAUUAAAACAUCUUAAAUUACGACAAUUAUAUGAUAUUAAAAUUGAUGAAAUAAUUGAUAUAUGUGAUUCAAUAAUAAAAGAAUCAUCAUUAACAACAACUAAUAAACGUUCAUUAAUGUCAUUAUUAGCUGAUUUUAUUAUUGAUAUAUUUAAUCAAAAUCAAAAAUUAAUUGACGAUUAUUCUCAAGCAAAACAAAUUAGUCUUAGACAAUAUUUAAAUAAUACACCAUGGAUGCCAGUUAUGCUUGAAAAACCACAUGGAUAUCCAUUGACACUUACAUGGCAAGGUUCAAUUGAUUCUCGUUAUUCUUUUGUAACUCCUCGUGAAGCUUGUGAUAAAACUCAUGGAUUUCUUAUUGGUGCCAUAGCACUUAUUUCUUCUCUUGAUCUUCCUGAAUCAUUUUAUUCUUCAAUACGUUCAUCAACAAUAACAACAAAUCGUAUGUUACUUGAUAUGCGUGAAGUAAAACUUGAUUUAUUAAUAAAACAAUUAAAAUGUGUUGUUUUAUGUUAUCAAAAACUUUCUCCACAAGAACAAAAAAAUGAAACAUUUGAUUAUUUAAAUGUAUGUAAACAUCUCUAUGAUACAUUAUCAUGUUUAAAUUGUCCAAAUGAUAUAUUAAAAGAAAUGCGUUUAUGUGAUUUAACAGAAUGGAUAUGGACUGGUAUAAAUGGUUUUUCAUCAACAAAUCAUAUUUAUCUUAUUGAUAAAAUUCAUCCAUUAGCACCAUAUAUACAAAUUCUUCCAUAUGAAUUAUAUAGUUAUCGAAAAUUUUUUGAAUCAAUGGGUGUUAAAUAUUUACCUGAUGCAUCAAAAUUAGAAGAUUUAUUACGUAAUCAACAACAACAAUCAAUUGAUGAAAAUUUAUUUAAAUGGAUUAAAGAAACUUAUACAAAAGAUCGUCGUUUAUUACAAUUAAUUAAUGAUUUAGAAUUAAAAUAUAAUUUAAAAGGAAAUCAUAAAAUAAAAAAUAUUAAUGAUGAUCAAACACGUAUUACAUUUUCUAGUACACUUGAUUUAUCUGAUGAUAAAGUUUAUCUUUAUUUAACAGAUAUAUUUAAUCAACAAACAAAUAUUAAAGAAACAGUUAUACAAGCAUUAACAACAAUAUCAAAAGAAAAAAAAACUCAAUUAUUAACUGAAGAAGAUUAUUUUAUACGUAAAAUGUCUGGUAGUGAAUAUCAAAAAAAUUUAUAUGAUCAUUAUCGUGCAUAUAAUGAUUUACUUUUACCUAAUUUAAAUGUUUUACCAAAAAAUGUUAAAGAUACAUUAGUUUUAUUUGCAUUAGAUCAUGCCGAUAAUACAAUGUUAAAUAUAUUAAAACAACAUUGUUGUAUACCAUGUACACCGAAUGGACGAACAUUAAAUAAACCAUCAAAAUUAAUACAUCCAUAUUGUCGUUUAGCAUCACUUUAUUCUGAUAUUGAUUCAUUAUUUCCAUAUGGUGGACAAGAUUCAUAUUUAAGAGAAGAUCGUUUAAAUGUUUUAAAAUUACUUGGUAUGAAAUGUGAUGAUAAUCUUGUAACAUGGCCUGAACUUGUUGAACGUUGUGAAUCAAUUCAACGUAUGCGUGAUUAUGAUCUUGCACGUGAACGUUCAUUAGCAUUACUUCAAAUUCUUAAUGAUAUGUUAUCCAUGUCAAAUACAAAUCCUACUCGAGUACUUGAUGAAAAUGAUGAAACAUCAUCAGAUCGUCGUUCACGUCAAACAACAUCAAUAUCACGUGAUAAAACAACAAAUAAUAAUUUAUCGAAUUGUUCAUCAUCAUCAUCAUCAUCAUCAAUAUUUAAUACACAUGAACUACUUCAUGAUAAAGAAGCUCGUACACGUGCAUCAUUACAAUUACGUGAUUUAGCAUUUAUACCAAUAAAAACACGUCCAAUAGAAUUAAAUGGAAUAAAUUUAACAUGGAUGGGUGAUAAAUAUUCUAAACGUUUAUUUAAACCAAAAGAUGUUUUAUCACAACAAUAUGAACAAUUAAUUUGUUCAACAUGGCCAAUAGCUGAACAAACAAAAAAUAAUCAAGAACAAAUUAUAUUAACAAAACAAGUUGAACAUUUUCUUGGACUUGAUGAUACAACAAAAAUUGAAUUAAAAGAUAUACUUAAACAACUUGAUGAAAUAUCAAAAUUAUCAAUUAUUAAUAAUUCAAAUUUAGUUACAUAUAAUCAUCAAAUAACAUCAAAAUAUAUUCUUGAUAUGUGUUAUACAAUAUAUGAUUAUAUUCAAUCAUAUUGUUUUCCUCAAUUACAACAAACAAAUGAACAACAAGUAUUUGAAUAUCGUUCAUCAACAAUGACAUCAAAUCAAUUAGAACAAAUAAUAUGUGAUAUACGAGAAUUUUUUUCUCAACAUCGUUUUAUUUAUUUUACUGAUUCAUCAUCAAUAGAUACAUAUUUAUUUUUAUCAUUAACACAAUUAUUAUGGCAAUCACCAAAUCGUUUUUCAACAACAAUAUCAUAUCAUUUAAAACCAUAUUAUUAUUCUAUACCAAUAUCAUUACAUAAACGUUAUAAAUAUUUUUUUCAAGAUUUAUUACAAAUUAAAAUACAACUUGAUGGUAAAGAUCUUUUAAAUAUAAUUGAACAAAUUAAAAAAAAAUAUGGAACAAAACCAAUUGAUAAAGAUGAUUUAACUUUAUUACAAAAUAUCUAUACACUUUUAAUAGAACAAUAUUCAAAUAUUUUUAAUACAAAUAUUGAUCUAUAUUUACCAAAUGUUGAUUGUGUUCUACAUUCAGGUUCACAUUUAUUUUUUUAUCCAUUUGAACGAGAACAAAUAUCGUCAGCUUCAUCUCCCUCUGCACAAGACGAACAUUACGUGCAUCCAUCUGUUGAUAGACGUGUUUGCGUCAAGGCCGGUGUUAAACCCCGUAAAACUCCAACAAUUACAGCAACAAUAUCAUCAACAUCAUCUAUGAAUAAUAAUUCAUCUAAAAAUAUUAUGAAUAAUACAACAACUAAUACAAAUUCUACACGUUCAUUUCCAAAAAUUUUUGGUAAUAAAAAAUUAGAAUCAAUAUUAGCACGUCUUGAUGAUCCACAUAUAAAUCCACAAUUAGUUGAAACAAUGGAUGAAUCAAAUCCAAAUAUUGUUUUAGAAUUUCUACUUGAAUCAAAUAAAUAUACACAAAUAACAAAUAAUUUAUCUGAUGAUGAUAUUAUAAUUAUAUUAAAAUAUUUUAAUGAUUUUCUAAUACAAGGUUAUCAAGGUAAUUUUCAAAAAUUACGUGAAUUAAAAAUUUAUAAACCACUUUGGGGUAUUAUAUCAACUGAUGAUAAACAACAACCAAUACAACAAUGUUGUUCAUUAGAAAAAUUUGCACAUGUUUAUAUAUUAAAUGAAGAAUGGUCAAAUUUAAUUCGACGUUCAUUUAAAAGAAAUUUUUUUACUGAACAAUUUCAUGAAAAAAAAACUGUUUUAUUAAUGCAAAAAAAAAUUGAACAAUUAAAUAAAAUUUUUACACAUAUACGUUUUAUAAUACCAUCAGAUAUGGAAAUAUUUAUACAAUUAUGUUUACCACAUUUCAAAAAAUUAGAUGUUAAAUCCCAAGUUAAUCUAUUAAAAUAUUUUAUUGAUGAUAUUGAUGAAAAAUUAUUUCAACAUGAAAAAGAACAAUGUAGAAAACAAUUACAUGAUCAUUUAGAAAUAUUUACACAAACAACAAAUAAUAAUAUUGAUUAUUUACAUAAAACAUCAACAGGAAUCUCAAGAUCAUCGCGUGAUCCACCAGAAAUAUGUCCAAUCUAUGAAUUAUAUGAUCCAAAUAUAAAAAAUAUUCGUUCAAUUUUAGGUAUUCAUCAUUUUCCUGAUGAACAAUUUCAUACUCCAACAAUAUUAAAAUUUCUUAAAGAAUGUGGUUUACGUUCAUAUAUUCCAACUGAUAAAUGUAAACAAUUAAUGGAAUCAAUUCAACUUAAUGUUAAACAAGAAGGUUGGACAAAUGAACAACGUAAACGUUCAAAAUAUUUAUAUGAACAUUUAUUAAUAAAUUGGACACGUUAUGAUAAUUCUAUAUUAGAUUAUAAAUUUCUUGAGCCAUAUCAAAUGCAUAUUGAACAUAAUGAUUUAUUACAAUUACAUGAUCAAUAUAUGAAUUCAAAUGAAACAACAAAUGAUCAUCUUCGUUAUACAUGUAUUAAAUUAAGUGAUGGUGAAUUAUUAAAAGAUGCUAAAUUAUGUUGGACAUCAUCAUAUUUAUUACCAGAAUUUAUUUGUCUUGAACAAUAUAAUGAUAUUAAUGAUAAAAAAGAACCUAUUGAACAAAAUGCAAUAGAAUUUUUUAAAUUAAAUAAAAAACCAACAUAUUUAUUAGUACAAAAAAAUUUAAUAAAUUUAGCAAAAAAAUUUUCAUUAAAAUAUCAUAAAAUCAAUGAUAUAAAAUCUCCUUCAACAACAAUGUCUCAACAAAAUAUUGAUGAUUUAUUAAUAUCUGUUUUAAAAACUAUUUAUCAUUAUUUUCAAUAUGAAACAAAAUUUGAACGUCGAACAGAUAUAUAUAAAGAAUUAGAAGAUCAAGAAUGUAUUUAUUCACGUACACGUCGUCAAUUUUUACAAGGAAAAUAUUUUUGUAUAAAUUUACCAAUAAUAGAUGAAAUUCCACCAUUUUUAUUUUCAUUAGAUAAAGAUUUUUAUGAAUAUAAAGAUUUUUUUCUACAAAUUGGUGUUCAAUCUGAACCACAUCCUAUGUUAUAUGGUGAUAUAUUAAGAAAAUUAUCAAAAGUUUGUGAUCAAGAUUAUUUAAAUUCUAAUGAAUUAUGUAAAUCUUUAAAAGCAAUGGAAUGUUUUUUUAAAUAUUUAUCUACAAAUACUAGUAUUAAUUCACAAACAAAAUUACCUGGUCUUUAUCUUGUAUCGAAUGAUUUUAAAUUAGUCAAAUCCAGUGAUAUUGUUAUUAUGGAUGAUAAAACAAAACUUGAUUAUAUGACAAAAUUAAUUCAUGAUAAAUUUAUGUUUAAUCCAAAUGAACGUGUUCUUAAACUUGAUUCAAUAUCAUCAUCAACAUCAAAACAACAUAAUUCAAUAACAAAUGUAAAAGAUAUUAUUGAUAAAAUAUUUGUUAGUCAACGUCCAAUAUUAUUUACACAAAAAUAUGAAGAAUCAUUUUCAAUAACAAUACCUGAAGAUGAAGAAUCUCAUCGUCAACGUUUUCUUUAUAAUCUUGAAAGAAAAUAUAAUCAAUUAUUAUCAUCAAGACAUUUACAUCGUUGUAUGGCACGUGUUAUAGCAAAUCAUGUUGCAAGACAACCAAAUCCAAAAAUAAUUUUAAUGGAUGAUGUUGAAAAUUUAAUUCGUCAACGUUUAACAUUUAUUAAAGUAACAUGUGUUGAAUAUCUUGAAACAAAUUUAAUUUAUAAAAAAACACAACAAAAAGUUGAUCAAUCUGUUGAUGAAAAAGCUGUUUAUUUAGUUGCGGAAGGUGAAGAAAAUAUUACAUUAUAUAUUAGUAUGAAACAUACAGAACAACCAUAUUUUACAUUAUGUUUAGCACGUGCAUUAAGUCCGUGUUUAGGUUUAUCUGAAUUACAAUUAGAUAAUUCUGUUAUGGCUGCAUUAUUAGCAACAACAAUUGGACAAAUGUCAAAAUUAUUAAAUUUAGUUAAUGUUGCUGAUGAAGAAAAUAUUUUAUCUAUACUUAAAUUACAAUAUAUACCAUCACCAGGUAAUGUUUAUGGUGAUGAUAUUGAACAAUUACAAAAAUUUAAUAUUGAACAACAUCAAAUAUUACCAGGAGAUUUAUGUGUUUAUCGUGUUAAUGAUUUAUAUAUUUAUUGUGAAGUUGAAAGUAUUAUCAAAGAAUAUACUACACAUAUUGAAAAUGAUCGAUGGUCAUGGAAAAAUAUGAAUUCAUCAUCAAUUAUACCAUCAUAUGUAUUUAUAUGUCGAAUUAAUGAUGGACAAGAAACAGAAAGAAUUGAAGCUACUAAUUUUUAUGUACUUGAACAUUGGUCAAGAAUAUUUGAUGCUGUUCAUACAAAACCUGUUGAUGAAAGAGAAUCAUUUAAAUCAUCAACAACAUCAAAUUCAACAACAAAUACACAAGGAAAAAGUGGUAGUGGUGAUAAAGAUAAAUACAAUGAUGAAAAAUAUUCUUCUUCAUCACGACGUACAGGAAAAUCAACAAAUGAUAGUACAGGUUUUACUAGUGAUCCAGGUUUUACAAAUGGUUUUGAUAAUACAAAAACUCAUCGUCAAACAUCAGCUGAUAGUGAUUCAUCAAGUAAUAUAACAUCAGAAUCUCAAUCCGAAUCUGAAUCAGCACAAACAACUGAACAAGAUCUUAUUGAUAAAACUGAAUUAGAAUUAACUAAAACAGAAAUUUAUAAUGCUGUUCGACAAGCUUAUCAAUUAACUGGACAAGAACGUAAAAAAACAGUUAAAAAAUUAUUAUUAAAAUGGCAUCCUGAUAAAAAUCCCGGUCGUGAACGUUUUGCUGCUGAAGUAUUUAAACAUUUACGUAAACAAAUUGAUCAUUUUGAAAAUGAUCCAUUAACAUCAUUUUUUAAUACAUUUAAUAAUUUUCAUCCAUCACCAUUUUCAACUUCAGAUCCAAAAUUUAGUUGGAAUAAACAUUCAAAUACAAAUAAAACAAAUCAUCAACAUUCAUCAUCAACAACAACAACAACUGAUGAUCGUUUUAGUAGUUUUGAUAAUUUAAAUAAAGAUACAAAAGAUGAUACUAAACGUAGUUAUCAAGAUAUACCUAAUGGAAAUAAUAAAGAUACAAAUGAUAAUAAUGAUAUAAAUGGAAAUACAAGUAAAAGUCGUUUUAGUCCACAUCGUUCAUCGUCAUUUCGUACAGCACGUGAAGAAUGGCAAUAUCGUCGUCAACAUGGUUUUCAACGACGUCAUGGAUUUUUUAAUACAACUGAAGAAAAUUCAACAACGAAUAAUACAAAUGGUACUAAUGCUCAAUCAUCAUCAACAACAGGAGGAAAAGAAAGUCCAAAUGCACGUCGUAAACGUAAUUAUCAACAAUCAGAAGCUGAUCGAUGGCUUAAACAAGCUCAACAUGAUCUUGAAAGUGCAUAUAGUGAUAUGCAUUCACCAACUAGUCAACCUGCUUAUGAUUGGGCUUGCUAUAAAUGUUAUCGAGCGGCUGAAAAAGCAUUAAAAGCUUAUCAUUAUUAUAAAGAUACAGGAAAAAAUAUGACAGCUGACAUUCCUGGUUUAUUAAUUGGUGUUGAUAAUGACGUUAGAGAAAUAGGAUAUAAAUUAUAUAAAUGGAUUGGAGAUCCAAAUCGAAUGCAGUAUCCAAAUGCAGCAAGAUUUGCUAAAAUUCCAGCUGAAGUAUUUACUGUUUCUCAAGCUGAACAAGCAAUUGAAUAUACAAAAGAAUUAUUAAAGAAAAUUGAAGAUAUAAUGUAUCCAUGA